AUGUCUCCGGCUCCCCUUGUGCCCUCCUCGUCCUCCAACUUGUAUCCUCUGCUGUCCUCUUUCGUCCUUGAGAGAGAAUCAGGAAUCAAGGCCCAAAGUUCUUUCAGGUUCCAACCGUGCGACGUUUGA